AUGAAGCUCACUCUCGGUAAAUUUGGGCUGAAGCAUUGCGACCUGCCGACAAUGUUCUCCAAUGUCGCAUUUUUAAUGCGCCUUAUUACCAUCAACAUCAACCAGCUUUACGCCAAAAGUCUAGAGCCGAUGUUGGAGUCACCCAAUUACGAAAUAGCAAAUUUCGUAACGAUUUUGGCCAUUGGUUUAGUUGUCUACAUAUUGGGCAGUGUCGUGGUAUAUAUAAUAAUUAUCGUUGGUUACAACGAAGCCCAAUUAUAUGCUCUCAGCGAAGAACUAAUAAACGUAUGGGAUGAUGGUCAAAUCUUCUACCAACACAUCAAAAAUAGAAUAACAGCUGAUAAAGUACACGCUAUAAAUAUCAAAAAUCGAAUAAUUAAUGAAUACGUCAGGAUGUCUCUUGAAAAUAUCACGAAAUUUCAUAUUACAAAUAUUAGUCUUGUACGUGAAUUGGAUUCCAAUAUGAGAACAACAUUAGUAAUUGAAUAUAGUUGUAAAGUAGUUUCAAUAAUAGCUGGACUACUUGGUGGUAUAGAAAAUACAUUUCUCCAAUUGCCGUAUACGAUUAUUCAAAUAUUUAUGGACUGUUUAUCUGGACAGCGGCUGAUAGAUGCUUGUGAUCAGUUUAGAGAAUCUGUAUAUGCUUGUAAAUGGGAAAACUUUAAUGCAAGUAAUCAAAGAACUGUAUUUUUGAUGUUAAUGAUGUCACAGAAAACUUUGACACUAUCGGCCGGUGGAAUGGUGAAACUGGAUUUUAUUUGCUUUAUGAAUAUAAUAAAGUCAACAUAUUCUAUAUAUACAACUCUAAAAUCAGCAGUAUAA